GUGGUCGGUCUUAAACCUCUAACUGAUCUUCAAUCGCUGGAUUGCGCUGUCCUAGGUAGCCUACAGUUGUAUUGAAAGGAGGGUUGACGUGUGCGGUAACCAUUUUGCACAGUAUUUAUCAGGGUUGUCAAUUCAUUUGGACUAUUGGGAUAAACAGCUUCUUUUUAUACGCGUUAGCCGCUGAGGGCUAAUUAAGAAAGCAUCCUGGAAGAAGCGGCGGUACCGAAGAUCCCUACGCAGCAUGGAUUUUAUGUAACUCCGGCAAAAUGUGAGGAGAUGGCUCCAGGAGAGAAAGAUCAGCAUCGGGGUACCAGCCGUGUAGUGCUGGUCAAGAAAAUUAUAAUGAAAGAUGGAUACACGCCGCAGCAAGGCAUUGGCAGUGCCAGUGUCUACCAUGCUGUGGUGGUCAUCUUCCUGGAAUUCUUCGCCUGGGGUCUCCUCACCACACCGAUGCUAACAGUUUUACACGAAACCUUCCCACAACACACAUUUCUGAUGAAUGGCUUGAUUCAAGGGGUGAAGGGUCUUCUGUCCUUCAUGAGCGCCCCUCUAAUUGGUGCCUUGUCAGAUGUCUGGGGGAGGCGCUCCUUCUUAUUGGUCACUGUGUUCUUCACCUGCGCUCCCAUCCCCCUCAUGCGGCUUAGUCCGUGGUGGUACUUUGCUAUGAUUUCCAUGUCCGGGACAUUCUCCGUCACCUUCUCUGUCAUCUUCGCUUAUGUCGCCGACGUGACAGAAGAGCAUGAGAGAAGCACGGCGUACGGACUGGUAUCAGCCACAUUUGCCGCCAGCCUGGUGACCAGCCCAGCUAUCGGAGCCUACCUGUCGGCAUGCUACGGUGACAACCUGGUGGUGCUGGUGGCCACUCUGGUAGCCCUGGCGGACAUCUGCUUCAUCCUGCUGGCCGUGCCCGAGUCCCUGCCGGAAAAAAUGAGACUGAACACCUGGGGAGCGCCCAUAUCCUGGGAACAGGCUGACCCCUUCUCCUCUCUAAGGAAGGUGGGGAAGGAUCCGACCAUCCUUCUCAUCUGUAUAACAGUGUUCCUGUCUUACUUACCGGAGGCUGGCCAGUAUUCCAGCUUCUUCCUCUACCUGAGACAGGUCAUUAACUUUUCAUCCACAACCAUUGCAGUGUUCAUCGGAGUGGUAGGGAUCUUGUCCAUUGUAGCACAGACUCUGUUCCUCACGCUGUUGAUGAGGACCAUUGGCAACAAGAACACAGUCCUGUUGGGUCUGGCCUUCCAAAUCCUCCAGUUGGCCUGGUAUGGCUUCGGCUCAGAACCCUGGAUGAUGUGGGCCGCCGGCGCGGUGGCAGCCAUGUCCAGUAUCACCUUCCCGGCUGUGAGCGCCCUGGUGUCUCGCUGCGCAGACCCAGACAAGCAGGGUGUGGUCCAGGGCAUGAUCACUGGCAUACGAGGCCUCUGUAAUGGACUCGGCCCAGCUCUGUACGGGUUAAUCUUCUUCAUGUUCAACGUGGAGCUGAGUGGUAUAGACCCCAUACCCGGGGAGUAUGCCAUCGACCCCAUACCCGUCCACCCUCCCAUAAAGAGGGCGAUCAUCCCUGGCCCUCCCUUCCUCCUGGGCUCCUGCGCAGUGAUCGUGGCGUUCAUGGUCGCCCUGUUCAUCCCCGAGCACCCGGCACCGACAGACGAGCAGGCCUGCCUCGAGGGCAAGGACAUGUCUGCCCUGGCGGGCGUCCACAUCAACACGCCCCUGCCAGGAAGCGAAGAGGACACCCCAGCGCCCACCAGCGACGAGGACUUUGAGCCCCUGCUGCAGGACAGCAUUGUGUGACCGAGGGAGAGGCAGAAGGGGCGGAUGUCUCCUGUCCAUAUCACACCUCGCUAUGGCAACCCUCCCCCCUUCUUCCACCCAGUGCCCCCCCCCCCCCCUUCCCCAAGUCGGAAAGGAGGAGGGGGAGAGCCCUAACCUCAGUAUUGCGUGCUUCUCUGCACUGAUGCACAACUAUUCCCAGACCCUUUUCUCUAAGACCCUAUCUACACCGGCUAGUAUUUAUUUUUAGGAUGAUUUAAUUUAUGCGGUUUGUUCAUGAUGUUGUCAUAUAAGGGGGUUGUUAUCUUACUGGUAUGUUUCCAAUAUAAGACGGUAUGUUCUAGAAUAGUGGAGGAGAGCUGCUCUUUGUUGUUAAGGCAAGUGUUGUUAUGGUAAACAGAUAUUGGAAGCAAGGUGGGAAAGGUUGGUGUAUGAGACAACGUUGUACACAUUUUUGAAUCUGAUUAGCAUUUAGGUAAUCUAAUGAAGGUACCUUAAGUGUUUCACGGGAAUUGGCUUGAACUACACAAGGUGUCCAGAGACAACUGUGCCAGUAGUAUUCAACAACAUCAUUAUUUAAGAAGUGUUCAUAGAGGUAAUCUGUCAAAGUAAAUAGCCAUAGGAUAAUGAGUCUGAUAUUUGAAUAAAUAACAAAGAAGCUUAAGUUGACAUGCCUUACAACUCAUGUGAUAGCAAACAUCAUAUCAUGUCUUUUAGGUCACUGGGGAAUUUAGUGGAGGUUGAGUUACCAUGUAGAAAGAGGAUGUUCCGAAGUACUUUAAUUGGUCACCAGAGAUUUAGAUGACCAGGGUUGGGCUGUUGAACCAGAUGUUUAUGCCAACAUAUAUGAUGUUUUAGGUGAGGUUGUGGAUAGGUUAAAGUGAAUGUGUGGCCUCAUUACUGCAUCUCAUAAAGGUUCUGUGUGAAGCAGGCUUAGAUGUGUUGAUGCUGAUUGUUAGUUAAGGGGAUGUACAUUGACGUAUAUUAUAAGAAAUGUAUUUAUCACAUCUUUAUUUUCCGUUGAUCCAUACUGUAUAGAGCAGAGUGUUAAACAUUCUGCAACAUAUGACUGCAAUGUCAUGGCUACUCUGUUAAUAGGGUUGUAUUUAAUUCGAUGGAAAGGAAGACGUUUUUAAUUAUAUUAUUUUUGUAAUUUCUGGGAGGAUUUUACAUUUACAUUUAGCAGACGCUCUUAUCCAGAGCGACUUACAGUAAAUACAGGGACAUUCCCCCGAGGCAAGUAGGGCGAAGUGCCUUGCCCAAGGACACAACGUCAUUUGGCACAGCCGGGAAUCGAACUGGCAACCUUCUGAUUACUAACCCGCUUCCCUAACCGCUCAUUCACCUGACUCCCUCUGUGAUUUUGUAUUUUUGGAUUUUGUAUUCUCUUUAUACCAUAGGGACAUGUAACCGUUUGAUUUUCAAAAUGAGAUUUGCUUGUUUAGUGUGACCCUUGACCUUCAAUCACUGUUCAUUACAAAAUAUGUCCCCUGUUUUUACGAUAGCUACCUCAGCUUUGAAAUGUUUUAUUUUGAAGUCUGAUACAAAUUUGGUACAACCAUCCUUCACCAUGCAAAUGUAUUGUCCCCUUGUGUCAAAUAAACCCACUGCUUGAAAAUGUAUUAAAUGCUGUAAGAGAGAGCAAAUACAUCAGAGUGGUACAUUCUGAGCGUGGCCCAUUUUGAGAGUGGCCCAUUUUGUACAUAAUCCUCUUUUCCCGUGAGACUGCAAGUGUUGAAAAUGUUGAUAGUUCAUGUUUUAUAUGUACAUAGAUGAGGGUUAGUCCUGUUUCCCUACAGGUUAGGGUUUUGAGACCAAUGUCUCGUUCCAUGAUCUGACCAUGCUGUUCCUUAGCUAAUGGAUGAGUCACGCUCUCUUCACUCGGUGGGUCGAGGGCUCCAUAAUCAAUGUUGAGUGUUUUCCUGAAGUGAUUUCUGUUUGACUGCUCAAACGCAUGAAUAGCCGUCCACACGUACCUACUCGAUUCUAAAAGUCCCUAGACGCUAGAGCUCAUAUCGUUCUGUAUAUGUCUGUAAAUCCUAUCAUUUUUUUUAACCCCCGACAAUACGCCCCGAGAGGGGUAGACGGUCAGAUGUAUACCUUCAUCUUCGACUCCUCCGUUUGGGUCCUGUCUCUGAAAUGGUGCCAAUUGAACCUGUCGUCGGUAGCAGGAUUUUUGGAGGAGGAAGACAUUCGAGUGCUUCUGGUCUUACCUGAUUGUGAGCGAGUCACUUCCUUGUUCUGCGAGGAGGGUUUGAAGCCAGGGUUUAUUGAGCAAGGGAAACGAGGAAAGAGAAGUGAGAACCAAAGGCGCCUCGGUUUGGAACCUACGCUUCUAAACUGGUAGUGAGGUGUUCCAACCAAGAAUCUAUAAACUGAUGUCACACAGAGGUUAACAGCUGCUUUCAAAGUGACUAUUGAAUUUUCUGUGUUAUAUUGUUGCCCAACCUGUGAGAGUGAAAUUAAUUCUGUAUAGUAGUAUAAAGAAUUGAAGACUAUUGCAUUGUUAAGUAUUGAAUAUACAGUAUAAAUAUAUAUAUAUAUAUAUGAAAAAGUAUCUUGAAAUGAUCACAUAUCUCCAGACAGCUAUUUUUUGAAACAGUUAAGAAUAUCUGUAGAUGACAAAUCAGACCCUUGCUUCUGUAUACACAAAUUCACGUUCUCAAUAUGAAAUAUUUGUUCUUGUCUAACUUGAUCGUUCCAUGUUUUGUUAUCAAAACACAAUUUGUUCUUUCUCCAUAUCUGCUAUGUAUUUUCAUUAAACAUAUGUAGCCAGCAUCAUUAUCAGAGUAUAUACAAAUGUGCCUAUUGUGUAAACAUGUUCAUUUUUUAAUUAAGGAAAAUGACUAUGUAAAUACUAAAGUGUACAUGGAUUGGAGGUUAUCUGUCACGAUGACACAGCAAUGAGAUGUACAUGGGCUAUGUAUAUACACCUCUUAUUGUAUGUAUGUCUUAAAUCUUAAGAACUUGUUGAAUUGAUAAUAAAAAAACAACAUAACCAUU